CGCUCCCAAGCCAUCCCACAUACUGCGCUCUGCGGCAAUUCGCGGUCUUGGAGCUAGGUCCUGGGGGAUAAACGUAGAUGCAAUAAAUUGGCCGGGGCCCCUUCGGAAUCCCUCGUGACGAAAGGCGUUUCUUCUCUCCUUCUCCCUCCCCAAUUCCUCUCUCCAGCUUCAUUCCCAACUCCUGUCAAUAGCUUCUUUGUCGUUGUCACUCUUGCGUACGGUGACCUGCUUCAGUCCGUUGCUCAACCAUACUCUCCGGGCCUUGUAAACCUCCUCUGUAGUAACGCACUACCCUCUCCACACUCUCACACACCACGAUGCCUUCAGCAGCUCUGUGUGCUCGCUCAUUGCGGGCUUACGCUCGCCAUGGCUCCAACCACACUGCCAUUCUUGCCCGCGCCUUCUCAGCAUCUGCGCGGAGGCCAGAGAUCAACAAGGUCUACCCUUCAGCUACUGAGGCUCUCAAGGACAUGAAGCCCAACUCCACACUUCUCUGCGGUGGCUUCGGUCUCUGCGGUGUUCCCGAUACCCUGAUUGACGAGGUCCUGAACAAGCCUGAGAUCACUGGCAUCACCGCCGUCUCUAACAACGCCGGUACCGAUGCUUCCGGCCUCGGCAAGCUUCUGAAGACGAAGCAGAUCAGCAAGAUGAUUGCCAGCUACAUUGGCGAGAACAAGACCUUCGAGAAGAUGUACCUCACCGGUGAGGUUGAGCUUGAGCUUACCCCCCAGGGCACACUCGCCGAGCGCUGCGCCGCCGGCGGCAAGGGCAUUCCGGCCUUCUACACCCCGGCCGCCUUCGGCACCGUGGUGCAGACUGGCGAGCUGCCCCUCCGCAACAAGGCCGACGGCUCUCCCGACCAGUUCUCCUACCCCAAGGACGUCAAGGUCUUCAACGGCAAGUCAUACCUCCUCGAGGAGAGCAUCGCCGGUGACUACGCCUUCGUCAAGGCCUACAAGGCCGACAAGCUCGGAAACUGCCAGUUCCGCCUGGCCGCCAACAACUUCAACGGUGCCAUGGGCCGCAACGCCAAGAUGACCAUUGUCGAGGCUGAGCACAUUGUCGAGCCUGGCGAAAUCUCCCCCGAGGCCGUCCACCUGCCUGGCAUCUACGUCAAGCGCGUCAUUCAGAGCACCACCCCGAAGAACAUUGAGAAGUACACCUUCGCCAAGGACCCCAACGAUGCCGACGCCAAGAAGGCCCUUGGCACCGGUGACACCGCCGCCAAGCGCGAGCUCAUCGUUCGCCGUGCCGCCAAGGAGUUCAAGAACGGCAUGUACGCCAACCUGGGUAUCGGCAUGCCCAUGCUCGCACCCGGCUUCGUUGGCCCUGAGGUCGAGGUUCAGCUCCAGUCCGAGAACGGUAUCCUUGGUCUCGGCCCCUACCCCACCAAGGGCAACGAGGACGCCGACCUGAUCAACGCCGGCAAGGAGACCGUCACUCUCAAGCCUGGUGCCGCCGUCUUCGGCAGCGAGGAGAGCUUCGGCAUGAUCCGCAGCGGCCGCAUCAACCUCACCAUCCUGGGUGCCAUGCAGGUCAGCGCCAACGGUGACCUCGCCAACUGGAUGUUGCCCGGUAAGGUCAAGGGCUUCGGUGGUGCUAUGGAUCUCGUCAGCAACCCCAGCGCGACCAAGGUCGUUGUGACCAUGGAGCACACCGACAAGAAGGGCAACGCCAAGAUUGUCAAGCAGUGCGCUUUCCCCUUGACUGGCAGAGCCUGCGUGUCAAGAAUCAUCACGGAAUUGGGUGUCUUUGACGUCGACUUCGCCAACGGAUUGACCCUCAUCGAGAUUGCGGACGGAGUUACGGUGGAUGAGAUCAAGAGCAAGACCGAGGCCCCCUUCACCGUCGCCGACGACCUGAAGCCCAUGUUGUAAAAGGAGCAUAUUGUACGAGAGAGAUAUUCUUGGAGAAUGAAUGAACCUGCGGAGGAGGUAUAUACCCGUCACGAUGGGUACGCCAUUGUCAUCAUCUAGAGUACGGCGUCAAAGCUUAGGGAUCAAAAUGAUAGCCAUGAUUUUUGCAUUUCCAAC